AGCCAUUGAGUUGGUCUUGGACGAAGACGACAACAAACGAGUUUUGCACGUUGACAAUUGAAAAAUCAAGUCCUAAAUCGUUCUUGUUUGCCCACAACGUGCAUUAAAUAUGGAUUUUCUUAAGGCUGAAAUGGAACGUAAGAGAAAACUGUUGCAAGAGAAAGACAUAAUGCCAUCAACUAAAAAGUACUUCCGACGAGGAGAUCUGGUUGCUAAAGAAAAAGAGGAAUACAUAAAAAAACAUGCAAAUUCAUUUGCAGUAAAGUUGUCAGAUGGGCAAGGACCUAGUAGGAUAGCUGAUAAUGAAGGUGGAGUUUUAGAGGAAGAUGGUGUAACAGUGGCAGUUCUGCCUAGAAAAGAAGUUAUUCGUAGAUUACGUGAUAGAAAUGAACCUAUUUCACUAUUUGGAGAAUCAGACAUUGAAGCAUUUAGAAGACUCAGAAAAUUGGAAAUUUCAGAACCGGAAAUCAAUAGGGGUCUUAGGAAUGAUUUUCAAGAAGCUAUGGAAAGAGUUGAUGAGGCAUAUCUUAAUGAAAUUCUUUCCACUAAAAAAAAUGAGGAUGAUCAGCAUUCAGAUGAUGGCUCUAGUAAGCCCAAGGCGGGGGAUGUAAAAGUGAUAACUGAUGCAAUAAGCUAUGAAGAAAUUUUGGAGUUGUCAAAAGAUUUAGGAAAAGGUAAUGGUGACCUGGAUUUGAAGAUCAUAAGCCAACUCUUAAAAUUACUGCUUCAAAUUUGGGGACAAAAACUGAAUAGUCGUCCGGAAGCCGAAAAAAGAAGCGUUAAAGGAAAACGAGCUUCUGCAACAUAUGGCCAGACACAGCAGUAUCUUAAACCUCUAUUUAAGAAACUACGGAAUAAGAGUAUUCAGGAUGAUAUUCUUGACAGUUUGACGAUUAUUGUGGGCCACUUGCUUGAUAGAAAUUAUGUCAUCGCAAAUGAUGCAUAUCUGCAAAUGGCAAUUGGCAAUGCUCCGUGGCCUAUCGGUGUUACCAUGGUCGGUAUUCACGCACGUACGGGCCGAGAGAAGAUUUUUUCGAAACAUGUGGCGCAUGUACUGAACGAUGAAACGCAACGCAAGUAUAUUCAAGGCCUAAAAAGACUGAUGACAAAGUGCCAGUACUUCUUCCCUACUGAUCCUUCCCGCUGUGUGGAAUAUGGAGCAACGGAGCUUGAGUUUUGAGCCGUGCUAACUCCGAGGUUCUCGCACGCUGCCUACAAUUGCAUUGUUCCCUUGUUUAACUUUUUUA